CUUUUUUUUAUAAACUUCACAUUAAUAAUUUCUUCAUUUAUUUUUUCUCAAUUAAAACACCCUCUUGCUAUAGGGUUUUUUCUAUUAAUUCAAACUUGUCUAAUCUCCUUAAUAACAGGAAUAAUAAUAAAUAAUUUUUGAUUUUCUUACAUUUUAUUUUUAAUCUUUUUAGGAGGGAUAUUAGUCUUAUUUAUCUAUGUUACAUCUCUAGCCUCUAAUGAAAUAUUCAAUUUCUCAAUAAAAUUAAUAAUUAUAUCUCUAAUAAUAAUUUUUACAUUAAUAAUUUUUACUUUUUUAGUAGAUAUAGUUAAUUUUUCAAUAUUUUUUAAUUAUGAACAAACUAAUUCACUAUUUAAUAAUUUAAUUACAGAAAAUCAAUAUUCAAUCUAUAAACUAUAUAAUUUUCCAACAAAUUUUUUAACUUCUUUAAUAAUUAAUUACUUAUUUUUUACAUUAAUUGUAGUAGUUAAAGUUACAAGAUUUUUUUAUGGCCCCAUUCGAAAUUUAAAUUAAAUUAUUAAAUAAUUAGAAACAUAAUUAUGUAAUUAGUUUCGACCUAAUCUUUAGUAAUUUAAUUUACUCUAAUUUAUUUAAUAUUUACAUUUAUAUUUAUAUAUAUAUAUAUAUAUAUAUAUAUAUAUAUUAACUAAAACCAAAUAAGAGGU